AUGAAUCCAUCUAAAAUACUAGGCUCACUAUGCAAAAUAUGUAAACAGCUGAUAUACAAAAACGAUAAAUCACAUGUAUGUUCAAAAAUUGAACCUCAAUAUUCUUUCCAAAAAAUACUACCCAAAGUCCAAAAUACAACAAAAAAUGUACCAGUGUCUGCAAGUUCCUCAUUUUCAAAUUUAUUGAGGGAAAUUGAAAUUGAAGAACAAAAUGUAUCAAGUGUCUCAGAAUUUAAUAUAACAAAUGAGAACUUAGUAGAAAGUGAAAUUAACGAUGAUGAUGAUGCAGAAGAUUACUCCAAACUGAUUAUUGCUGUGCGGGAGCGUCAUCCUCUGUGGGAUCACAGAAUACCGAUGUCUAAUCGAUAUGAAUCUAUUAAACAAAAGUUAUGGGAUGAGAUAUACGUAGAAUUAAAUGGUGCAUAUUCACUAGAUACUAUUAAAAAAAAAUGGAAAUAUUUGCGAGAGAAAUAUGUUCGCCAAAAAAAAAAACCAGCAAGUGGAGCCGGAGGAAAAAAGAAAAAUUGGUGUCACACAAAUGAAUUACAAUUUUUGGAUGAUGUCAUUAUGAACAAUAAUAAAACAACUAGCAAUAUAAAUUUACCAUCUGAUGAACCGAGAACUAAGGCAUCUAAAAGGUCAAAUAAUGAUUCAAUUGAAGAAUCCAUCUUAAAUGAACUACGUCAAUCAAGACCAAUACUACCACUAUCAACUGAAAGUAAAGCAGACGAAGACCAACAUUUUGGUAACUAUUUAGUAUCGCUUAUAAAAAACAUACCUAAAAAAAAGAAAAUGGCAUUGCAAGCAGAAAUAAUAAACAGAGUCAUUUCCAUUAUGGCAGAAGACUAA